CCCCAACAUAUAAGACCAGACUGACCAUUCCAAAUAGCAAUAAAUAGAAAAUCUUCAAAACCAAAUUCUGCAACUCCAACAGCGCCAACCGAGAUGGAGGACAAGUUGUUCAAUGCGCCAACACUAGACGAGGCUUCAUCGAGCAAUCAACAGCCGAGUCGGCUCACAACCGAGCAGGAACUAUCUAUCAUGGUUGUCGCUCUCACCAAUGUUGUCUCCGGCGCUUCUGCUAAUCCUGACAAUUCUACGAACUCCCUCCUCUUUCACACACCAUCUUUCACUAAUUUGGACACUUGUCAUGUGUGCAACAUUAAAGGUUGUCUCGGCUGCAACUUUUUCUACCCUCCCAUGGAUAAAUUUAAGGAAGAGAUAGAGGACAACAAGAAGAAGAAAGGGAAAUUACCCACCGGAGCGACGAAGAGACGAGCAAAGAAGAACUACAGGGGCGUCAGGCAGAGACCGUGGGGCAAAUGGGCAGCGGAGAUCCGAGACCCAAAGCGUGCAACUCGAGUUUGGCUUGGCACUUUCAACACAGCAGAGGAGGCCGCCCGAGCUUAUGACAAGGCGGCUAUCGACUUUCGAGGGCCACGGGCAAAGCUUAACUUUCCCUUUUCGGAAUAUACGACGCAUAGGGAUCAGGUUUCAGAGUCGUGCAUGACAUCAUCAGAACAACAUCAAUUAGCAGAUCAGAGAGAUGCUUCUAAUUCCUAUUCCACAGCAGGAUUUGAAAAUAGAUCAAAGGAAAAUGAGUUGUGUUAACAUAUUAGCGAGGAAGAGUUUCAGCGGUGGAUGAUGAUGGAUUUUUCUGAGAAUUCUUCAGAUUCUGCUGCUACUGAAUGCUCCUAAUUAAUCCGACUUCACUUGAGAGGCAAAACCAUACAAAUAAAGGUCUUAUCAGAAACUAUCCUGUAAUGGCAAUUACAGAAUCUGCUACCGCCAACAAAAAGAAAUUCUAAAUAUGUUUACUACUUCACUGUAGCGUCAGUUAGCAUGUUUGGCUGUCGGGAAAAUCUGAGAAGGAGGACCCACACGGGCCACAAUCUCUUAGUCAGCUGUAAAAAGAUCGAUCGGGUCCAACAAAGUAAGGAACGUGUGCUCACCAUGAUAUUUGCUCUUAUCACAAGUACCAAAGCAGAUUGGCUCUGGCCACGUGUAUUAAUUCAUCAUUUCCGUUUUUAUUUAAUAAAAUCUGUUAUCACGUGUCCCAAA